GCAUAGAAAGAUUUUACUGGAAGGCACCCUAUUUUGUUCAUAGUAAAAGUCCUGGGCUAAGUCAGGCAAAGGUACAUGUACACUGUACAUGUAUGGUAGCUGCCAUCAAUGCUUUUUCAAUACUUUUGUCUCACUUACAAGUGAGGCCUCCCCUUCCCCACUUCCCCAUAAUGAUGAACCUCUUCCAGAACCCUUUUAUCCAGUGUUGCCCACAAGUAUUCAAACAUCAUGCUUGGAACUGAAAAGUUUGGUUCAAAGAUGGACUGUUGUAAUCUGCGAUCAGCACAAAUAAUAACUUCUUGGAGUACCUCUGAUAGCACAAUUGAUACUUCUGGAGCUGCUAGACCAGGCAUAGUUAGCUUUUACCUUGUUCAUGGUGUUAAGAUUAGUGGCGAAUUUAAUCAGCAUGUGUUUUCUGUCGUAUGGUGGCAUAAAUUUGAUGAAGAUCAAGAGAACUUUGGCAAACCUAUCCAGGUCUGGAAGCUGGAUGUCUAUCAUCCCUGAUGACCAGCUCUCUUUAUGCCUGUGCAGCGAAUUACACAAAGGUAUGCUUCCUGUUCAGCAACAAUGGAUGGACGCAAAAAAUUAAUUGUAAGCCCAGUUCCGAGAUUGUUUUAUUAAGUAGGAAAAUACUGAGCAUAUAUAUGUAGUCCAUGUAUCUCUUCUCAGUUCCACUGGUAUUAAUUUUUUGUCACAGAAAACAGUGGAGGGAGCAAGCGCUGUUUUGGCAUUUUUGAAGCACUUAGGAGUCAUAGUGUUUUUAAUCAUUAAAUAUGGAUUCGGUGACUCUUUUAAUCGCGAGGAAAAUUCAGCUUUAUUGUCCAAUUAUGUGACAGUGAAUGCAUGAGGAUAUCUAUAUUUUCACUAUUGUUAAUCAUUUCAACUAUAAUUUAUAGUUUGUGCUUGAAAAUAAGUUUUGUUUAAAAUUUAAAAAAACACUUUUUGUACUUAUCUCUGUCAAGGAUUACAGCAAAUUAAAAAGAUGAAUUUUAAACAAAAUGGAAAACAUGGGUCAAGAUUUUUAUUGUUGGCAGGGGAUGUAAUAAUUACAAACAGUUUUCCUAUUAGGCUUUAUUUGUAUCGAUCUAUAGAUUGUAUUCCUCAAGCGUGGUUGAGUUUGCCAUUAAGGUUUGGGGUUGAAAAACACCUGGAAUAUAUCACUCUCCCCCCACCCAACCCCACUCCCCAUCCUCCCCCCCCGAAAAAAAAAAAACACCCCAACGAAAAACAUUUCCAGUAACUCCUUUGACGUGAAGGUGAUAAGAUAAAGUAAUUAAAAAAUAGGAGCAGGGAGAGGAAAUGUGGAACAACAAAACCAACGAUUCAUCAAAAAUAACUUCUUAAUUUCCAACACGCUUUCAGUAUAGUAAUUGCUGUUUUCAAAAUGUUGGCGUGGAUGAAGUUUACCGUACCUACAGUAUUAUAUAUUUAGGGAAUUUUCAAUAGAAAUAAAUGCAAAUAAGCCAUCAUUUGCGUAAAAACAAUUACGAAUCUUUCAAAUUUACUAGCUCGUUCGAAAAUUAAACAUAAAUCUGUUCAAAUAGCUCAGACAGGUUUACUUCUUAUUCUGCUUCACGGCUUAAAGCACAACUUUAAUGCAACUUUACGCUGCAGCGUAAACUUGUUCGACUUCCUUUAUGCUAACUUUACAUACCCUUUCCACAAGGCAGCGUAUAUGCAACCUUUACUUACCUUUAAGAAAAUUUAAUCCAUGGCGUAAAGUUGGUCAAAUACCUUUACGUCUACUUUACAUUACCUUUACGUAAAUGUAACCUUUAUACAGCUUUAAGGCGAUUUAAUUCAUGGCGUAAAGUUAGAUAACCUACUUUAAGGAGAUUUAAGCCAACUUUACUUUUUCGUAAAUCUUUGUUUUCAUGCUGUGAUUCCUCAUUCCAUUCUUCAUUUGCGCUUUUAUAUAAUUAGUAACAUAUUAUUUCACUUGCUGAGUACAAAAUUACGUUUUCUCGCGCAUAAAAUUGUCUUUUUAGCCUCGGUGGACGUUAAAUGAAGUCAAAAAACUUUGCUGGCCAAGGUGUUUUUGACUGGAUGAUGAGAAAAAAUAUACAACAAAGGAUUUUCUUUUCAAUUUCUGCUCUCGCUCACCGCGGUCAUAUAGAUCCUCUCCCGCCCAGCCGCCCCCUGUUCCCCUGUUCUCCUCUCCUCAAUAGAAUUAAAAUCAUUGCACCUCAACGGAAAAUGAAAACAAUUUGACUUUCACCUAAUCAAGGAGUAGUUGUGGAAGUCCGGGAUGAUUUAAAUGUCCCACGUCCCGUGUCUCAUAAGACCUGCAUUUACCAUAUUGAGUCAAUCGAGUGCUGUCAUGCGAUGAUUGCACGUGUGCGCGUGACAGCUAUAUAAGAACACGCGUCAUGAUGAAUUUGCAUACACUAUCUUCAACUUUCUAGAGCCCUCGUGCAAGAUGUCCGGACGAGGUAAAGGAGCAAAAGCAGGAAAAAGUACAAGCAAAACAAGGUCUGCUCGAGCUGGUUUGCAGUUCCCUGUGGGAAGAAUUCAUCGGUUCCUUCGUAAAGGUUUGUGAAGAUAAUAUACAUUACGAGGAAAUGAUAACUGUUUGAGAUUUCUUUUACAGUGUGAGACACUGUAUCUGUAACUUGAAUUAUAACAAUUUCCUAAUACUCGCCGACAUCCUUUUUUUUAAUUAUUUUUUUCUCUCGAGCGAAAAAAAUUAUCAAGCGUAGUGCUUUUCCUAGUCAUUUAAUUUGAUAGAUCCGGUGUUUUCGGUGGUUGGUAAAAUUUCCGCACAGCCCCAUACCACAUUAUGCAUUCAGUUCUUGGAUAGAGAAAACAAUGACAAAAACAAUACAUUGCCAUUGGGAAAACAGAUUGUUUUACAAUGGUAUGGGGCUGCGCGGAAAUUUUACCCAGUGGUUUGUCAAUUUUUGUCUAGGAAAUUAUGCAGAACGGAUUGGAGCAGGAGCGCCGGUUUAUCUUGCAGCCGUUUUGGAAUAUCUUACUGCAGAAGUGUUGGAACUUGCGGGUAAUGCCGCCCGCGACAACAAGAAAUCCCGUAUCAUCCCACGCCAUUUGCUGCUUGCGGUACGAAACGAUGAAGAACUAAACCAACUUUUGAGCAACGUGACCUUCGCUGAUAGUGGAGUGCUGCCUAAUAUCCAGGCUGUGCUGCUUCCUAAGAAAACUGCGUCCAAGUCUGGCGGCUCAAAAUCGAGUAACUCCAGUCAAAGUCAGGAGUAUUAGACGGAGUGACAGUGUACAAUGAAAAUGCGAAUAUGUAACUGUUGGAGACUUCCUUUGUAUUUAUAGUUUCUAUGAUUUAUUAGUUUGCAUAAAAUUAACGAAGAGUUACAAAAGUUAUAUCUAAAAGUGAUGAAAGCCAUUGAAUAAUUCAGAUAUUUGUCUUUUUGUAUUUAUGAUUUUCCUGCUGGACUUUGUUUCACUUGAGCAAUGCCAGUUCAUUGGAGUAAAAAAAAACUUGAAUGGUUUGUUUCCUACGGUAAUUUUUUUCCUAGUUUUGCAAUUUUUUUUUUUGGCUCCUCGCAGCUCUCUUAAAUGUGUAACAAAGAUCAAGGCUUCAUGCCCCAACCUGGAAUGAUGAUAAUGAUGGUAUUUCUCAAACUCGUUAAUUACUCCUAGCUAGGGUAAUCAUCCAACUGGUCAAAGAGAGGUUGAUUUCGCCACGUGCAUGUGGUUUGAAACGCAGGAAUGAGGGGUUACCCAUGACUUUCAUGCAAUACCAAACCCUUUGAGUUUAAUGAAGCAUCAAACUCGAAUGAACUAGUUUCUUAAUUUGAUUAUUAAUAACACGCAUUCGAAUAAGAUGUGAAAAUGUCGCGAAUAUUUCCGUUUUUCUUUGUAUCUGAGGUGCGCGGUGAAAUCGAUCGAAAAUAAUAAACGCACUCGACCUUCGGCUUCAUGCUUUCAUCUAUCCUCCCGUGUCUGGAAAUCCUGAUGAGCCACUCGCACGCGUUCUUGAAAUGGGUCAGGGGCUCUUGAUUUCAGACCAUUUUAUACCAUUGCAACUGCUUCUACUUUCUCUCCAUCCUGCCCUCCACCUUAAUCCCGUCAUCUUCCUAAAAAUGGACACCUUUGUGUUCAUUUGAAGAAAAUAUGUUAUCGUUCGUGUGUAGCCGGCAAAUGUUUUGAUUUGCAUAAAAGAGAUCAUUUCUAUCGCUAACGUUUAAGAGCAAAAUUCUCUGAGACUGUCAAUCUCGAAUAAGAACUGAUCUGACCAGGAGGGUCUCAAUAGGAAAAUGGCUCUUACAGCCAACGGCAGGAGCCCGAUAAUGGCUCCUGCUAACGGUUAAAGUUUUGGUCACUAAACGGCUAGAGGUAGGAGAAUACGACAAUUUCUCACACUUUCUUUCCGUCGUGAUUAAAAGAUAAAAAAAUUUACCGUUGUUUAACGACCUCCGGAUAAAAUAAAAUUAUUUCAAAAAAACAUGAUUUAGAAAAGGAAUAAAGUGUGACUUAGGGUCGGGGUGGCAAGGUUAAUUUUGUGUUGUGUAAUGCAUGUGCUUUAUUUGUUUUUGUCUGUUUGUUUUGUUCUAAAAAGCGUUCAAAAUUAAAACGAAUUUCUGUCUCUUAAAUAACCCUUUAAAUUGUGUUUUGUUUUGUAACUGAUCAAUGUACUAGCAUAUGCAAUUUUUACCCCAUCCUCCCCUCCCCCUCGCUCACUUAGUAAGCAUAUUCCCGCCAAAUUCUAGAACCCAGUCUUCACAUUUUAUCUCUCAUUCAAAAGGUCGCGGUCAAAACAAUACACUCCUUCGCCCGACCACUUAAACGUCGCCGUUGAUCAGUGUUAGAGCUAGAGACUGAACAGCAAGGAGAGAUUAGGUUAGUACACCGCUACAAUCUGCAAUGCAUUUAAUUUUACGAUAUUUAAGGUGUUAGAAAAUAAUCUACUCGAGGGCUAGAGGAAGAGGCUUGUUUGCACAUUUACACUCGCUGUAGUGAAAUUGAAAUCAUUCGCUUGGUGUGCAUUUAUCCACUUUCAAUAAAAUCAUGAAGCAGAUGGCAACUUUGAGUGCCAGCGUGAGAGUAUUUCUUGACCACUUUGAUGAUUAUGUGUGAACCAUCGCUCUCACCCCAAAUUAAAUUAAAUAAGGCGAGCUUCAAAGUAAACAAACUAGGGAGCGGAUUUGGAAGCUCCCUGCUUAGAUCCUAUGAUGUUCUCGUGCACGCAUCGAUUUUUCGUUUGUCAGAUCUCUUUGCAAAUCAUUUCCAUGCCGCCGAUUGCACAGUGAUAGUGAAUGUUGUUUAGGCAAGAUAGAACCAUACUAUGGUAAUCAGUGGAAGUGGAAAAAAUACCACCGUAGGAAAAGUUGAUUUGCAUGACCUUCUAACCGUCGAGUAGCUAACAGCGUGACUCAUCGAUUUAACACCUUGGAAUUUCACUUUGCAACCGCGUUCGCUAUAGACCACAUGAUAGUUCUAUAACUGAACUUGAGAUUGGACUCAUUGAUUUAAGUCGAGUUACAUUGUAUCACAAGUGAAGAGCAAGAGCCAUAGUUAAUUUCGACCGAGCCGGAUUUUUGUCGAGUCACGACUGUUAUGUUUAGUCUUUCUUUCUGUUUUUUUCUUUUUUUCUUUUUUCUUUUGGUUUGAUUUUUGAUGUACUAGAUGCACCUGUGAUACAACAACGCGUAGGUAGAAGCUUGAAACUAUUUUCGUGGUCGUUUAUAAUUCUGCAAUGGUUCACAGCUGCUUUCAAAGAAGUAAACAUUUCCAGGCCUAUACGAGUUUCAUUCACAGAUUCCGACCUCUUUUACUUACACACACCUUACGCAGAAGUCCUAUUUGCACUCAACCGCCAUCUUGUCGCAUAUAUAUAUGUAUAUGUCAUUUAAAGGCAUGAUAUGCAGGUUUCCCUUCUUCAAAAUUCUCAAAACGACGUUAUAUAAGGUGUGGAAUACACAAAGCAUGUUAAUUACGCUGUGACUGAAUUCUCUUAUUUACUAAGGGUGUUUUCGCACCUUAUGAUAACAGCUCCUCCUAAGGGAAAAAAUCCAAAUUUAGCCUGCAAUCACAGGCCUUGCUACAGGGAGUACAAUGUAAAAAUACAUCUUUUUGUUUUAGGUUGUCUUCCAGCCACACCUGUGUUAGCUCUUUUUAGUUCAUGCAGUCUUUUAGGGUAUCUUUCUAGAUAUAACUGACUUUGACUUCAUGAGAAUUUAAAUCAUGUCAUCAUCUUCUCCUCAUGUAUGACUUCAUAAUUCUUUUUAAGUGAUUGCCUAUGUCUUAAAUAUUUAUUUCUAUGGGUUUUGGUGUUUCGUUUUUGUCGUUUGACAUUUCCACUCAUAUUGUCAUAUUGACCUCUAUAUUGACAGUGCUGAUAUUAUAGUGAAUGUGCGGACUGAGCUGAAUGUAACAAUGGAAAAAGGGACAAAAAAGGAUCUUCUUGUUAUAGCAGUGACUGCACAUGAUCCCAAUCAGGAUGAUGACCUUAAUGCACAAGAGGCAGUGGACACUGCUCCUGAUGUCUCAGUACAGCUGUCAGUCAAGAGAAAGGAGAAAUUUGAAGUUCUUGGAAGGAAUGUGGGUUGGUGGUUGUAUGUACGACGUGUUGACAAUGAAGAAAAAGGUUACAUUCCAAGCACUUGCGUUGUACCACUAAAGGAUGAUUUAACCCAUGAAGAGUAAGUUGAAUUAAUAUUUACAGUUACUUUCUAGCUGAACUCUCAAGUCUCAUGCACUUAGCAUGAUUGAACAAAUUCAAUCUUACACUCUCACACUGAUAUGAUUUUUUGUUUGUGAAUGAAAGAUUUCUGCUUGAAACUGUCGAUUUGAAAUAGCAAACUGCUGCUUUAGUUAAAUACCUACAAUAUGAAUUAUUUUUCAAGAUCUAAUUUACUCCUUGUUCCCUUGUACAAGCCUCAAACACUUCUCAACAGUGGAAAUUCUGCAUGUGUAAAGCCACUUGUUGCACCAAUCAGUUUUAUUGACUAUUGCAUGUGCUCACAUGUUCACCAUAGAUCAUUAAAAUGAACUCUCCAAACACAUUCAGAAUAAAUGAAUGCAUGUCUUAUUUACAGCAUACCCCCAUACCCUCCCUCUGAAUAGGUAAUGCUCUGCGAUGGAUUACACAGUAAAACCUUUUUCACACAGCUGCAAGGCAAUAAAGAAUGGAAUUAGUUUUCUCAUGUAGAAGGACUGUUCUCUUAUAGGGACAUUUCAAAUAUUGCUCUUAACUUUUAUGGGAAAAGGUAAAAUAUUUAUGAGGCAUCCAAGGUAGUAGAAUUCUCUGACCUUUUCCCAAAUUCUCUGAAUAAAUUUUUGAUAGCAUGCCUAAUUUUUUCUUUAGACUAGGAGAAUAUUCUUCAGUUUCAUUACACUGUUAAAUUUUUGCAUUUAUUUAACUAAAAACUUGAAUAAUAAAGUGUUAAGGUCACAAUUUUAAGGACUUACAACUGUAUACUGAAGUUGAGGUGUAAGGCUGUCAGAGAUGGUAGACAUAUAUCUAGCCAUUUGUGAAAUUAAGACUAAAAAUAUAGAUUCUUUUUUAAUCAACAUCUUCCUUGGCAUUGCUUUCCAGAUGCUUGAGGUCUCUAUUGAUCAAACAACCACAAUGUUUUCUUUAUGAUAACUAAAUCAUAGCUGAGAAUGUUAUACAUGUUUUAGGGAAGAAGAGCUCAGCCACAAUGUUGAACUAACUGCAGACUUGAUCAAUCCAGAGGUUGAUUUGAAGUUUUUUCCAGCUGCUCCUGUUGACAAAGAUGUUACAAACAGGGUAGGUAUUUCUAUCUUAAAUACAGCUGAAGAUGAACCAUAAUCAUUAAUUCAUGAUCUUCUUUCUAAAAGUGUGCAAAAUAGUUGAGUUCGAGGUAUACUUUUAGGAGAAUGCAUACUAUUCAUGUUGUUUUUCAGUCCUGUUUGUUUUAUAUUAUCCAGUGGGUAUCAAUCCAAAACCAGAUUAUUACAGCUUUUUGAUGCUAUCUAGAACGGACUGACACUCAUGGCCUCAAUAGGCCAUUUUACAGGUGUGUACUAAGUUGCCAAGCCUUUGAUUUGGAGUGAGGCUGAGUGACUUUGAUGUGAUAGAGACCAGUAUCCAGAUAGCAAAGUAAUUUACAUUUGAAAAGCAGCAAGGUUUGUACCAUAACAAGGUCAACCUUAGCCUCACUCCUAUUCAAAGGCUUUGCAACUGAGCACACAACUGUAAAAUGGACUAUUUCAUACUCUAGAUAAGUGAAGUCCUGCAGGUUGACUCACUUCAUUCUGGAUGCCAUGGGAGGAUUUGUCAAUAAAUUGCUACCAUGAGUAACUACAAAUCAGGACAAUGAGCCAGUACAUCAUCUUUUGAUAUGCAUGGGGUUAAUUAUACACAAGCGUUUGUUGGGCUGAAACUAAAAUACCCAUUCCUUAGCUGGAUCAAAUGCACCCUACUAAUACUUGAUUACCACCAGUGCUAGAAUAUGAUAAUUUUUUUCUCUCCUCUUAGGGUGUUUGUCCAGAGAAAAAUGCAAACAUAUUUUCAAAACUUACAUUUUGGUGGCUCAAUGGGUGAGUCCUACAUAAUAUUAUGAAAGUGAUGAUUUGAUUGUUCAGAUUAUUUGUAUUGGAUAUGUUGAUCAGAGGGUAGAGUUUAUAACAUUCUUGCUAAUGGCCUUAAUGAGGCAGUAUAAUUACAUAUUUUUGCCACUACCCAAGUACUGUAAAAAGGUUCAAUCUACGAGAAAUUUUGAAAAGUUUGAAUUAGAUGUGUUGACAUAAUUUUGACCUGAAGGUCAUUUUUAGCUAUAUGGAUGGUAAGAUGUGUAAUCUGCAGCAUGUGGGAUGAAAUUUGCUCUAUUCAAAUCAUUUGGAAGGAAUUAUGUCAUAUUUUUGCUUUAAUUUUUAACACAAAUUGACUUAAAUGUUAAUCAAUCUUACAUUAAUUUUGUUUUGUAAGAAAUCAUGCAUUGUAUGUACUUUUAUGUACCUACAAGCUUUGCCAAGAAUAAUCAUGCACAUUAUUGAUUGUCACAACUGAAUGCAAUGGACAGAAAAAAAUUAUAUUUCAGUCUAUUUCUUGAGAGAACUGACUUCAUGUAUUAUUAUAAAAAAGGGAAAAAAAAUAAUAUCAAAGACAUCUAAUAUCAGAAUUGAAAUUAUUGAGUAGAAAGAGAGCUAAAAUAUCCACUUCAGCAAUCUUUCAUUAGGCUCCUGCUAUCUCCUGCACCCCACUCAAGAUGCUUUUUCCUAUAAUCUGUCACAUGUGUCAAGCAAAAGUAAUUGAAGAAAAAUUGAUGUUAGCAUGCCUUGCAGAAAGAGGAGCUUCUCCCAGAUUUCAGCAGGGCACACUAGCAUCAAUUCUUUUAAAUAAUUUUUUAAAAUAACUUUUUAAUCAUGUGCCAGACUUUGCCUAAAGGGAGGGACUCAGCUUGUCAUCUACUCUCAAGAUCUCUCAAUUUUGCUGUGAAAAACAUCAGAAAAGGGUAGAGGACAAAGAGAACAAAACACCUAAGGUUCCCAAGGAGACUGUUGCAACUCUGAUAUAAUAUUGUGUAUGAAAAUGGAGAUCGAUCACUCUUGUUAAUAAAAAUGUGGUGAUACAGUGAGUGAUGUAUUGUGAAGCGAUGGACAUUGAAAUUCCAUCAUCAUGCAAUUUUGAUUCCUGAGAGUUUAAUUCAUCUUAUUUUCUUCCAGGUUGAUCUAUCAAGGGUUUAAGAGGCCUCUGGUCAAUGAUGAUUUAUGGGCAUUAAGCAAAAGGAACAAGUCUGUGAACAUUGUGCCUAAGUUUAUGGAGAAGUGGGCCAAGGAAGAGAAGCGAUGUGCAAUGUAUGUACAUGUAGCUGAAUCCUUGCUGAACAUAUAUUUAACAAUUAUUCCAUGAGUGUAGGAUGAAUAUGACAUGGUAAAUGGCCAAUGACAUCAUAGUAAAUGGCCAAUGAGUCGAUAAUUGUUUAAAUAGUGUUAAGCUUGGCAACAGUUACCACAACGCAUUUCCAUAUAGGGUGACUUGGAACAUGAGCUGAUAACCAGAGUUGAGCGAACCAACAGGACACUAGAAGCGCACAAUUUGAAGUUGAAAUUUGAUAAUAAGAAUGAUUCACUGAAGUGAAGGUGAACGGUGGUGGAUAUUUACCAAGCCGCAAAGCAGCGAUGUAAAUAUCCACCACAUCCACUGAGUUGAAUAAUUUAUUUAGUUUAUACUAUUCAAAACCAAAGACAACAAUUUAUUUUUGAAAAUAUACCAAAAUUGUCAGAGAUUAAACUCUUGACACACAAAUUUGUCUCAGCUGCUGCUUGGACAUGAAUAGUACUUGCUGAUGGCUUCCAAACUAGCCAACCAGGGCAUGUAAAAGAUGCUAUUCACAUGUGUGAUAUAUACUAAUUAACAUGAGUUAUUAUUAGAUUCAGCAACAAAUAUUCAACACUUUCAUUUCACUCACUGCCCAUAUAGAAAUGUAUCAGACCAAAGCUUUUAUUGAAUUUUGUUGUUUUCAAUUUUGAUUUUGUCAAAUAUAAAUUAUAAUCAUACCUCUAAGGCAUUUAAUAACCUGUGAAUACCAUGUACAUGUAGCAUGUUGGAAAUACUUUUUGUGACAGAACAAUGUAUAUAUGAAACUUUUCAGUGGGAAAAGAUGUCCAUUAGAAGAACAGCAGGAGCAGGAGAAGGCUAAGUUGAAUGAGGAAAAUGAUGAAACUAAAGUUGAGUUUGUUCCUAAGAAUGACGAGGAGCAGUCAAAGGAUAAGAAAACUGACAAAAAGAGACCUUCAUUGAUCAGAGCCAUGGUUUAUCAAUUUGGACCUCAGUUUCUGAUUGGAAUGAUUCUCAAACUUAUCUAUGAUGUUAUUCAGUUUAUUCAACCACAGCUUGUAAAGUGAGUAUAAUCUAGCAGUGUAAAGUAGAUAUGUGAAAAUUAUAAGUAUAAUCAUAUUUGCAUGUGGGAUAAUUUGGUUUUAUCAGCUGAGUUGAAAUAUAAAUUAGCCACGGUAGGGAGUUUUUAAGGCAGACCUUUCCAGCUGUUAAGGCCUUUGUCAAAGUAAUAAAUAACAAAUUUAAUACUUAUAUAGCCCACUUAUAAAAGUGAAUGACAAAGGGCUAACACCAGCCUUAGAAACCCUGUACUGUUGCACAUUUAAAUUUAAACUGGGUUGAUAAUACCAAACUAUCCUCUAAAUUAUCCUCCCCACCAACACAGCACCAUAGUUUCUAUGGAAACUUACAUCAUUUUUGCUCAUGUUUACUUUUAGCCAUGCUCACAGUUGGCUGAUUUACACCUUUUGGUUAAAUAUAUUCUCUAUGUGUUAUUUCCCACUGGCUGAGUGACAUGAGCUUACUGAAAACUAUCUCUCUGAGAGAAUGCUUGGUAGGACAUGGGAAUGAGCCAAGUGGCGUUUGGAGGGAAUUUUUAUGUUUUUUUUGUUGUGUGUUUGUUUCUUUUGACAUUGCUGUUGCUGUUGUUGUUGCAUCCCCUUUCACUGACAUUUUCUCAACCACCUGCUCUCCCUGACGAUUUCCAGUUUUGAUAAAAAGUUCUGUGCUAAUCAACUGUUGGCCAACUAACAGCUACUGUUGGCCAACUAACAGCUACUGUUGGCCAACUGUAGAUCAAGUCGGUGAACAGUCAACAAACUGUCGGCCCUCGCCAACAUUAGUGGAUAAAUCCAGAGCAUUUCUUUAAUUUCUUACAACCUUCUGCUUUCAUUUUACCAAUGGCUUUCUGCAUUGUCUACUUAACAAAGCGUCUGUUUAGUAAUAGAUCCUAGAUGAUGUCAAUAUUUAGUAAGAAAAAAAAUUCAUAGUUACAUACGAGGUGCAGCCGAGUGUGUCACUAAUUUCUUACCAAUUUUCACGUCUUCUGUGAUCUAUUAUAGUAGAGACCCACUGCAACCUAGAAUCUUUUUGUUUUUUUUUUUUUUUAUGAUAAAAAAGUAAACGUUUUUAAUGUUGACUGUGUCAAUGCGUCUGUCCUCCUAUAGAACACAAGUAGGAAUUAAUCAUGAAGCGUGUAUAAUUCAACUUAUCAUAUAAAUUAAGACCCAGAAAGGUGACUGUUAAUGGGGUUUUAUUUUGCUUUUCAGCUUAUUGGUCUCUUAUGUGGCAGAUAAAACCAUUCCUAGCAAUGAAAAGUGGAAGGGUUACAUUUAUGCUUUUUCCAUGUUCCUUGUGUCAGCUGUCAUGUCUCUUAUCAUCCAUCAGUAUUGGCAAAUUGUUUUUGUCCUCGGUAUGAGGAUACGAACUGCAAUCAUAGGAAUGGUGUACGCAAAGGUAAAUAAGUUUAAAGAACCAUUCAACUUGCUUGUUUAUAAGCUUAGCUUCCACAUAGGUCGUCCUAUAGCUCGUCCUUUUCUGGGUUUACUUUUCGAGUGUGGUUGGUCCAGUUGUGGCCUCAGUUCUUUAUGGCAGCCUGAAUAUUUCGCCGCCUGGUUUUUUUCGGGGCGUACUCCCUGUUCAACGAGAACUGUUUAAGCAAAAAUAUAUUUUUUGUAAAGUAUGGGAUAGCAAGGGUAGUGCAAAGGCGAGAACUCUUUCCUCAUGCGACUCGCACUGUGCAGGGGUUGGUAUGAGGGGUGAGUGGAUGUUUCUAGGCAUUGAAGAAAAGCUAAAAAGAAUGAAAUGAAAAAAAGAAGGGGAACGAAACGAGAAACAAACAGACAAAGUGUAAGUCUCCCUGCAACUUUGAGUAAUGUGCGUCCAUUCAAGCUAUGAGAUUCGAGGAUGUUCCUAAAAAAUGCGAUGAAAAAAAUUAGAGGAACAAAACGAGAUGAACUGUAGCAAACAAACGAACAAAAUGUAAACAGAGCGAAACAAAACAAAGUUAAAGACUAUUGAAAGGGUAUACUGACUUAGCAUUUGGAUUGAGCAAAUCAAAAGCAAAACUUCAAGCUCGUCUUUUCUUAAAGUAGCAAUUUGGCGAAAUAAAUCAUCAAACCGUCUGCCAUGGCAACCGAAGCGAUCGUAAUUUGGAGCGCUGAAAUGUGUUUCUUGUUAAUCCUCUGUUCAUUUUGGUUAUGUUUUGCUUGGUUUUUUUUGUUUUGUUUUGUUUGUUUUUAUUUUUUUUAUAUACGUAAUUACCACCGGUAUGUCGAUGCAAGCUGACCAAAACUUUUAAAAAUCACCCAAGAUUUAACAAAGAUCAGUAAGGCUGCGUUCAACCCGUUAAUGUUAACGCGUGCAUAAUUAUUCAUGAAACGCUGUCACUUUUUUUUAAAAGGCACUAGCACUGAACAGCAAGGCACGAAUGGAGUCUACUGCUGGUGAGAUGGUAAAUCUGAUGUCGGUUGAUGCCCAGCGCCUGAUGGACCUAGUAACUUAUUUGAAUGUUCUGUGGUCGUCACCUCUUGUGAUUGUGAUAGCGAUGUAUUUUUUGUUUGACGUGAUGGGCCCUUCCACUCUGGCGGGUGUAGGAGUGUUGAUCCUGUUAGUGCCGUUUAAUCUCGUUGUGACCAAGAUCGCCCGAAAACUUCAGGUUUGAAGAUUUUAUUUGCCUUUUAAUUUGUUGUCUUGUAGAGGUUUGACCUUGAUUCUUACAUUCGCAGGUCGAAUAAAAUUAUUUUCGUUAAAAAUCAUGAUCUGAUGUUUACCGAUAGAACCAUUUGAGUGGAUGGCAGCUGGUAGGAGAGGAGUCUUAGGGACUAUAUUUUCUCUGAAAAUCUUCGUAAUUUUGCACUGCUACUCGAUCUUGCGGAUUAAUAAUGGUAAUAGGACUGGGUGGAGUCCUAGUCGCUUCGCGGUCGUUCAAUUUUGUUAAUCACUCGACGUAUGAUUACUGACCGAAUUGGACGACAUGAAGUUCUGUAAACUAUAACUGUGGUUAUCACUAGCCCGAUUUAAGCAGUAAUAGGACAGUGUAUGUGUCAUGCUUGUAACAGGACAGUGUAAUAGGACAGUCAAAGGGACAGUUAACACGUCAUGCCUGUGCAAGUGGACAGAACACGUCAUGUGCGCGCGUUGUUGGCUCGCAUUUCGCCGAGUUAACAAUUGGUUCGUUGCUCUUUGUGCGCUAUUUGUACUCUCCUUCUUCUCUUUGUUCCUUAAUUUCCUUUCGAACGUCUCCCUGUAAAAAAGUAAGAGACCCCCUUUAAUCACGCCUUCAUUACGUGAAGUACUGUGAUUUUUUUGUAGGUGAAGCAAAUGGAAGCCAAAGACUCGCGUAUCAAGAUCAUUAAUGAAAUCAUAGCAGGAGUCAAGGUAGAGUUCAUUACUUCAAUUUUAUCAUUAGAAAAUUAUCCAUGUCGCGAAAAAGUUGGGCCAAACAGUUUCUAUUUUCCAUGUAUCGGGGGAAGUCGACAAAGCUCGCAAGGAUUGUUGAGUUUUUUUUUUUUUUUACUCAUUUUGCGUCACAUUAUUCGCGCUCGCUAAUCAGCUUCUUCCCUAUCGCAUCCCUUCACACCGAUUGGACGAGUGACGUCGCCUUGGUCAGUGGAUACCAUUCACAGGGUUUUCGUGGUUACCCGCUGUAGCUUGACGAAAUCUUUGCCCCACCCCCUCCACUUUUAUCUAUUGCGGCUGUAAUGUAAACUCCAACUUGUCGUUUUGCUUGCAUUGGAAGGUAGCUUGUCUGAAACUUUACCCAUGGGGCAAAGGGACAUGAAAUUCUAUAAUUCCGGCAGGGUAAUCUAUUUGCCCCGCAGAAAAGGUUGACCGCACACCCUACUGAUAGAUCUCACUCACGUGGCAUGCAUGUUUAAGACUGUAAUCUUCUCUUGACGCUAACAAAUGGGGAGGCAAGACUGAGUGAAGGCUUAAUUUUCCUUUUCCCUUUUCAGGUUCUAAAGUUGUAUGCCUGGGAAAAAUCGUUCAUGAGCAAAGUUUUCAACAUUCGUAAGAAGGAGUUGAAACAACUAAAGAAUGCUGCUUACUUGAAUGCAACGUUUGCUUUCACCUUCACAUGUGCUCCAUUUAUGGUUAGUUACAUACAUAUUAGUUUGUUGAUAAAUGUCUGAGAGGAAAAUGGUUUCAAUUCCUUAAUAUUUAAAACAGUAGAUCGUAAUAAACAAUGGUAGGUGGUGUGAGUAGUCCUGAAAGGAAGUGUUGUCGGUGGAAGUGAUUGUCGAGGGAUAUCUUAUCAGCAAAGAAACGAAAAAAAAGAACUUUACGUUUUUGUAUUUUGCUUCGAGGCGAACAUGUUGGAUUUUUCGGCGACCAAAUUGUUAUAGUUUGCGUUUUAAACAAAACUUUUCUGCUGCCUGUUGGUGCUCGCGUGAAAAACGGUUGACGGAGACUGAACACUUCUCUUAAGGAGUGCCCUAAGAUGGAGUAUCUCAAUGUGCGUUUUUGCUUUACGAGAAAAUGUGUUUAUUUGUUGAACAAAAAUGCAAACUAAUUAAUACCCUCUACUUCUACUCCAGGUUGCUCUUGCGACAUUCGCCAUCUAUGUCCUCACGGGAAACGAGUUGACAGCCAACAAGGCAUUUGUUGCUCUGUCACUAUUCAAUAUUCUAAGAUAUCCCAUUACAAUGUUCCCGAAUGUCAUUAUCAGCACGAUACAGGUGAGUAAGUGUCCGAUAUGACUCAAUAAAAAUCGCCAAGUUCCCAAUUCAGUGACGCCAUCAAUAGGUAUUAUGUGAGUGUUUUAUCAGAGAAGGCGGGCCAAUGUGAUGAGUUCGCGAUCGUUCACUGAGCCUUAAUGUUUGAUUUGUGGUCUUCCAAGGGGACUUGGAAAGACUUUCGUCGAUCUGCUCGACUAUCUUCCUCCCUCGAUCUUCCUCUGCUUUAAACAUCCAGGUUUACAGGAGCAGUGCGGCCGAGUGGUAAAGGCGCGGGACUUGUAAUAUGGUGGUUGCGGGUUUUAACCAUUUAACUCCCAAGAUCUCAUCAGUAAUUCUCCUUUUUUCUGCCAUACAGUUCUUGUGAUGUUAGUUUGUAGAAUUUAGUAUUGGAUCAACUUAUAAUCCCCUAAUUGAUAUUUGUCUUUAUUCUCAUCACUUAUCUGGUUGAUAUUGCAUUGAUAUUGUAAGGAGAAAUUCUGUCUUGAUCACUCACGGGAGUUAAAGGGUUAAGUCCUCCACCCUGCUACUUGGCUGCGCUUUCUAUAUUGCUAACUGGUCUGCCUCCUGCCAGUUGAGAUUUUUAAACCCUAUGUUUAAUAAUUUUUCGUUCGUUCGUCCGUCCGCCGUCUGUCCGUCCGUCUGUCUGCCCGUUUAUUCGUUCAUUUGUUUAUUUAUUCAUUCAUUCAUUUAUUUAUGCAUUCUCAUUGGACUUGAAAAACCCCAAUAUGAGAACGGUCAUUUAGGUAAAACAUACAUCAAUUAAGUAUACAUUGACAAGUCGACAGCCAAACUUUUCACGAAAAAAAUGCUAAUUAAACGCUCGCUCGUUGAAGUACUUCCGCGCUUACAGGCUCUAAUAACAUAUGCUUUGUUUUCUAGAAGAUGGUCCCUUGUUGCAUUCGCGACUUUUUUUUUCUUAUAAGUGUUUUUUAACGUUUUUGAUUUAAUGAUUAAUAUCUCUUGUUCUUCGUAGGGAAAGGUGUCUGUUGACAGGCUAACACACUUUCUAAAUCUGGAAGAGCUGGAUACAACCAACGUAGAAAAGACAAUGCCUGAGCAUAGUGAGUCGACUUUGAUCGCAAUUAGGACUUUUCUCUCCUACGUUUUAUUUGGUUUGAGUGUAUUCUUAUCUGGGAUCAAAUCACAACUUUCUAUGUGAACGAAAAAAGGCAUUUGUACCACGGAUUCCUAAAACAACGCCUCCAUCUUAACAUGUAGAUUCUCGAUACCUUUUAAAACUUUUCUCAAUAGUUUUGUUGUGUGUUUUGAUUUGUUUUUUGUUGUUGUUUUUUUUUUUGCUUUGCUUUGCUUUGUGUUGUUUUGUUUCAAUUGCUUGUUUUUCUAAUAAUUUAUCUUUAGGAGUCACCUCUCUCUCUCUCUCUGAACUUUUCCACACAGGGCUUAAAAUAAAUUUUCACCAAAUACAACCUUUUCCAUUGUCUCUGCGUUAUAGUCAGUUCACAAGCGAUUCAUGUCGAAGAAGGCAGUUUCGGUUGGGAUAAAGAGGAAACUCCUUUCUUAUCAAAGUAAGUAAACAAAAUGAAGACAGAUACUGUCUGGGUGAAAAGUGACACCAUUCAUUGCAUAGUUAUCAGUAUUUGCUGCGCAGCUGCAGCACUAAGGUCUGAAAUACGAGCAUCUCCAAAAGCAUUUUGAGCAAAACCGUUCUCGAAGAGAUGCUGAACUAACAGCAUUACUUCCCAGCCAAUAAACUGUGAAAAAUAUUUCCAUAUAUAUGUAGUUACAUUUGACUCCUUAACUUUCUUUAUUCCUCCUACCUAGCAUCAAUAUCAAUAUUCCCAGUGGUUCACUCGUGGCUGUUGUUGGUCACGUGGGAUGUGGUAAAACUACCUUGCUCUCCGCUCUUCUUGGUGAGACAGAAAAGUUAUCCGGAAAAGUGUAUGUCAAAGUAAGUAUUUGCAAUCUUGGAUUUUUUUAUUUGUUUUGUUUUUGUUUUUUAAUUUGUUUUGUUUUGUUUUGUUUGUUUUGUUUGCUUUUAAUUUGUUUAGGACUGUUUGUUUGUUUGUUUGUUUUUUUUGGUUGCCGUUGUCAUUGUCGUUGAUUUCGUGUAUGUUGUGUUCUUUCUCAACUCAGUGUACUGAUCCUGUUUUAGCAUUCCGGGCGAAUGCGUGAAAAACCUUCAUUUUUCUCAUGCAAAAAUCGAUGGGCAGUGGUAAAACAAAUACUUGUCUUAAAACGUGACGUUAGUCGAAAGAAAAAGAGCAACCAGCGAUACACUUGCCAAGUAUGGGAAAUGUGGCUUAAAAGUUGGACACGGUCGGAAGGAAAAGAGCAACCAGCAUUGUGCGUGCUUAGUAUGGGAGCUCACUGACUCAUCGCUAAACUACCUGUUCAUUAUGACAACACAAGAAUUAAUAAUAGUUUAAUGCUGUGCUAAUUUGUUUUCAGGGCUCUGUGGCAUAUGUUCCCCAGCAGGCCUGGAUACAAAAUGCAACACUGAGGGACAAUAUCCUUUUUGGACGAAGUUUUGAUCCUAAACGCUAUUGCAAGACCAUCAGCACUUGUGCUUUGAGGACCGACCUGGAUAUUUUACCCGGGGGAGACAUGACAGAGAUUGGGGAAAAGGUACAUUGCUUGCCUGUAGCAGUCUUUUAUGUUUUGCAGUUGUGCUGAUUGUUUUGCACAACUUUAUGGAAUUAAGUGACGAGGGCCGCGCGGGCUAAUGGACUAAAGGUCCGAGAAUAUAGCGUAAUACAAUGCAUGAACCGACUUGCCGCAAAAUUUAUCACGCCUUAUGCCGAAAGUAACCAGGCCUUGCUUGUUCGAAAGAUGGACAGCGCUAUCCACUCGACAGAUCUCCUUAGUUUUGUUGGCACUCAUCCGCUGAAUGGCAAUUUUUCCGUUGGUUAGCUUCAUCUACCAUUUAGGCAAAACGGAGCCAGACUUAGAAACGGUGAAUUGCUUGUUCAAGUCACAGAAUCUGCAUCAGACCCACUCGUUACACGCUCUACAUGAGAGAACACUUUUGCCACUGAAAAUCGUGGAGUUUCAUUACUUUCGGAAAUUCACGCUCUAUUUUUUCUAGGGUAUAAAUCUGAGUGGAGGGCAAAAACAACGUAUAAGUCUUGCGCGUUCUGUGUACUUUGAUGCUGAUGUUUACUUGUUGGACGAUCCACUCAGUGCUGUGGACUCACAUGUUGGAAAACACAUAUUUGAUAAAGUUAUCGGACCAAGGGGAAAACUCAGAAAGAAGGUACAGUUCGAGAGCAUUUCUAAAGUUUUAACUGCUAGAGCUUUUCCAAAUAUCGACUCUGAAUGUAAAGGUAAGGUAAAAUUUUGCUUUCCUCAGACUCGCGUCUUUGUUACCCAUGGAGUUGGCUUCCUUCCUCAAGUGGAUCAGAUCAUUGUUUUGCAAGAUGGAAGAAUAUCUGAGGUACCUUUUCUUAAGCUUUAAAGUAGACUUCAAUUUUAUUGUUUAAUGUAGCAACUUAACGGUAAAGACUGAAGUUUGAAUUGAAGACGCACUAUGAAUUACGAAGUUUGUUGUUAAGGUGUUUUUCUUUUUGUAUGAAGUUUCAAAACGUCAUCUGGCGAAUAUCUGAGCUACGUUUUCUUAGGCUUUAAAGCAGACUUCAAUUUUAAAAUUUCAUGUGGCAACUUGACGGUAGACUGAAGUUUGAAUUAGAAGUGCGCUAUAUAUUUCGAAGUUUGUUGUUGGCAUGUUUUUCUUUCCUUAUGAAUCUUCGAAAUGUCAUCUCAAUCGAAAAGGAACGUAAAAUAAAACCUAAUUAUCUAACCUUUUGUUUAUUCAAGUUGUGUACGAAUGUAAGAUUUUUGAUACACUUUGUAACACUUGAAGUCGUACCUACGUUUGGAGGUACGGUGACGUUACAGCCAAAUUUUUUUGGCUUGAUGCUUCUCGUACGUACGGAUGGACUGACGCUCGGACGUACGGUGACGUCAAAGCCAAAUUACUUCUAAGGCUAUGGUGUCCCAUGGAAAGCAAUACAGGCCCAGUGCAGAAAAUUUCGCACAUCAAGUGUUCUCUACCGAUUCAGACAGAUUCUCUUUUGAUCAGGUUGGAACGUAUUCAGAACUUCUUGCAAACGAGGGAGCCUUUUCUGAGUUUCUCAAGACAUUCGCCGCGGAACAGAAUGUGGAGGAGGAUGGUAGGUAGUGGUCGAUAUCUUAAGGGUAUGGGUGCAACGACCUUUCAGGAUAUCUUUUAUGAUAUCUUUCUGGGUAUGGGUGCAACGACUUUUUCAUGGAGUAACGAGGCACUUUCAUUGUCAGUUAAGUCGGAAAGCAGCUUUUGGAGGUCAAGAGCUUAAAUCCUAAAUAUUAUUUUUAAAUCCUGACGUGACGAGUAGUAUCAUACAGAAGCCAUCCACGAGAAACUGCUUGAAAAUUGAUUAUGUGGUUGCCUGUAGAAUUCUUUAUAACUCCUUAUAGUGGCAGAGACACAACCCAGAACGGAACCCACGAUAAAAGAAGAAGCAGAAGGUGUAGAUGAGAUAGAUGUCAGGUUUCAACGCUCAGAUAGUCGUUUAGAGAGGCAGGAUAGUCGACUGGAGCGAAUGGACAGUCAAAUGGAAGGCCCAGUUUUCCGGAGGAAGCGAGCGGAUAGCGUGUCUGUUGUCACGGUUGACACGGCCGAUUUGGAUUGUACAUUCACGAGACCCGAUGAGGACGUAGAAGACAGGAUUAUCGAAGAAGAGAAAUCCGCAACUGGACGGGUACGUUUCAAAUUAUUAUUAGCUUUUUUGUUUUUAUUAACCGUGAUCUACGACAGAAACGCACGAUGCGCAAUUAAAAAAAGAAGUCUCUGAUUUCCAAACAACUGAGUUUCCCGAAGAAUUUACAAUGUUUACAAUGAAGGUGACAUGUUAUCCGUUUACACCGUAAAGGAUUGACCCAAAAAACAGAUGCCAUGUAGAAAACGCCAAAAAAGAGGAGGUGAUAGUACUGUUUCGUCCUCCCCACUCUUAGAGAAACAACAAGCAAAACGUGGCUGAAACAAAAGAAAACAGUUGAAAAAAUAACAAAAACCAAAAGCGAACGUACAAACGUAGAUGGUCGAACUAUAGAAAUAGUUUCUGUCUUAGAAAGCUACUUUUACUUCUCUCGAUCUGCAGCUUUCUUUACCCAGCGAACAAGCUGUAUUAUGAGGUAUUAGAAUAAGUUAUAAAUCUUUCAUGAUUGCAGGUCAAAUUUGCAGUGUUCUGGGCCUACGCAAAGUCAGUCAAAGUCUACUUGGCAUUCAGCAUACUAUUGUUUGUAGUCCUAGCAGAAGCUAGUUCAGUUUCUUCAGGAAUUUGGCUCGCCCGCUGGAGUUCAAGCAAUGUCACUUCAGACAAAGAGCGUGACAUGUACCUGGGAGUUUAUGGCGGUCUUGGCUUUUUACAAGCUGCCAGCACACUCAUUUCAUCCUUGUGCCUGGCUGUUGGAUCGAAAAUUGCGUCACGCAAUCUGCAUCAUACUCUUCUUGAGAAUGUCUUGCACUCCCCCAUGUCAUUUUUUGAGACCACUCCUCUGGGGAGGAUCGUGAACCGCUUCUCUAAGGAUAUCAGCACAAUCGAUGAUAAGGUUCCCAUGACUCUGAUUAUGUUCUUGCGAACGUUCUGUGGCGUUCUGGGAACCAUCGCUGCCAUUAGCUUCGCGACUCCAAUUUUUCUGGUCGUAAUCCUGCCCCUUGGUUUUGUCUACAUUUUCAUUCAGGUAAAAAGUUUUUAGUUGAAAGAAUGAAUUAACUCUACUUACGUAGCGCUUUUCAAUUGAGUGUUGUAAAAACCAAAACUAAGGUAAUCACACAUGCCGAUCAAAAAAACGAAAAUAUGAUUAGUUUUAGUUUUGCAUUUGACUGGUUGAGAUGAAUGGUGCGCGUUUUCUGGACCAAUCACAGAGCGAAGUAAACUUUCAUUUCUCAGUAGAAAAUUUGUCUACGUCUGUAAUUUGAUAUCACAAAUCUUAAAUGCCAUAAACAAAUAAUAACGAAAAAAAUGACAAUAGGAACGAAAUUACAAUGAUUUAAAUUACCUAGUCACAAUAACUGAUAUAUGGAUUAUUGCAAGAGUUAAGAGUGUCCCAUAUUUCUUUGGGGAAAAUAUCAAUACAGGAGAACUUUUCGUCGUACUAAUGUAACAGAAAUAACCUUCGGGAAGCCUAGAGGAGCUCCUUCGUAAAGGGUAUUUAUGAACUUCCGAGACAAAAGGGUAUGAUUGCAGACCUCACUUUGGUAUUAAAUAAGGUAGACAUAUUAAUAAACAUUUUUUAGUUGAAUUCAGGUGAGGCUCUCAGGAAUCGGAGCCUCAAAUUAAGUUUUUCUUUUUUUUUGUGCUGAUCGUGCUAACUUGUGUAAUAAUGAUUAAUAUGUCUGGUGACACGUAUAUAGAUAUGAAUAUUUCAGAAGUUAAACUUUGCUGUCCAAGGUCGAUACCGUCACCUUAAAAUUACGCUUAGCAAUUUUAAGAGAGUUUUCACCUUACCAUCUUCAGACUAGAGAUUCGAAAAGACUUUUCACGCUUUAGUGGAAAUCAGCCACUUUUGUAAUUAUAUCUAUAGCUUUGGUUUUCAAUCCAUAGCCGAGCUGAGUGUAUAAUCCAAAUAUUUAAUGCAAGCAGUAUUGGUCUUGACUAUAACCAUUUUCAACUCGGCCUCUAGAAUUUGAUCGAUAUUAUGUCUAAUAAUUUGGGAUACACAUUUCUAUACAACCUUUUUUUGAUAUAUGUUAUCCUUUUACUUUACAGAGAAUAUAUGUGGCCACUUCACGACAGCUUAAGAGAAUCGAGUCCGUGACUCGAUCACCAAUCUUCAAUAACUUCUUUGAGUCGAUCAACGGAGCUAGCACCAUCCGAGCAUUUGCCCAACAACAGCGCUUAAUCCGGGAAAACUACCAUAGAGUUGACGAAAAUCAUGUGGCUUACUAUCCGGGAACUACAGCCAAUAGGUAAAUUCUCUAUUCCCCGUACGAGAUCUUACGUUUUUUUUUUCCCACUCGACAAUAUAUCCAUUCAUGAACGAGGGGUUUCUAAAGCUCAUAUUUCGAGCGUUAACCCUUCGUCAGUUCUACGCUCUGACAAAGGGCUAACGCUCGAAACGUCAGUCGUAGGAACUCUUUAUGGUGUCCAAUUUACAUCAUCAACUCAAAGUAAUACUGUAUGUUCAUUCAGGUGGCUUGCCCUGCGUCUGGAGUUUCUCGGCAAUCUGAUCAUCCUCUUUGCCGGGCUGUUUGCUGUUAUUAGUCGUGACUCGAUCGAAAGUGGCCUUGUGGGAUUGUCCAUCACCUAUGCUUUGCAGGUUUGUUUUUUUUUUUCUUUCUUCCUGUCUUUAUUUUUGGCGUCUUCUUUUGAAACGCCACAGUGUUACUGGGAAUCAUCAUAAAGUCGAAUACGAUCGAGAAACAAGCAUAGUUGAGAACAAAUACUGGGUGAGAAUAUUGAUGGAGAAUUUUAACGUGAGGUACGGCGAUUUUGCUUUAGUUUUUCUCGUCGAAGAUACGUAAGAGGAGGCUAAAGGAGGCCGGGUUUUGUUUCUUUUGCUUUUUUUUUGUCAUCUUGUUUGUUUUGUUUCUUUCUGUUUUUGUUUUGUUUUUCAUUUGUGGUUCGAUUUUGUUUUAUUUCUCGUUUGUGUUUUGAUUUUGUUUUAUUUUUUUAUUUAUGUUCUGGUUUUGUUUUGUUUUUUUCCUUUUGCGUUUUAAUUUUGUUUUGUUUUGGUUUCAUUUUAUAAUUUCUUUCUUGUUCUGUUUUUUUUUGAGGGGGGAGGGUUGGGCGGGCGGGGGGGGAGAGGUGCCAGUGAACCAGUGUGCGGUUACACUGAAUUACGUUUUUGUGAUAAAAAGUUAAGAUACGUAAAAAACAGACCACUCUUAGGGGUUUACUUGAACUAAUUUUGCGGGUUUGUUAUUUAAGAUUACUAACACCCUGAACUGGAUGGUGCGAAUGAGCAGUGAGCUUGAAACUAAUAUUGUGUCUGUUGAGCGGGUCAAGGAAUAUUCAGAAGCACCAACUGAGGUAUGGUAAAACAAAUAAUGAUAAGUUGAGAUAACAUGAUGAAAUCUUCAUAAUGAUGUGAACCGAUCUUCUUGUGCAUUGCCUGUUUUGUGAAUUUUUGCUCCUAUAUUUCUGAAUUGUUUUAAUGAUCUGAUGAAGAAAAGUGAGGAUAACAAACCUGCGUCGUCAGUAACACUAAUCUUCGUACAACUCUAGCAUAUAAAGAGAUAAACCCCAAUUAACUGAUUAAAUAAAAAAUAAACAUUUCAUGUCUUCCAAGUUGAGAGUUUUUUUGUUUUUCCUUUCCUUUCCUCUUCUGAUGUUUGCUUAGAAAAGAAAUGUGGAUUCCUUGUUCUCUCACACGUCAUGGUUACUUAUAAGUAUGUUACUGGGAAGCAUGCUUAUGUAAACUUAACAUCUAUGGGCAUUUAUUGCAGGCUGAGUGGAUUAUCCCAGACAACCGGCCCCCAGAUAACUGGCCUGAUGCUGGAAACAUUGUCAUUGAGGACUUUGACUUAAAAUACAGAGAAGGAUUACCUCUGGUAUUGAAACAAAUCAACUGCGAUAUUCAACCGGGAGAAAAGGUAAUUAAGUCUCCGUAUUCUUUACUUAACCCUUUCCAAUCCAGCAUCAGUAUGCAUGUUCUCCACACUGUUCUUUAUACGUUUCCCAAGGUGCUGACAAAGAGAAUAUGUUUAGCAAUCAAAAGCUUCUCAAGUUGGUGAUCAUUUCUUGUUUUGUUGUGACCUGAAUGUUUGAAUAAGGGGUGAUAAGAUAAGGAGAAAUUAAUUGCUAAUCACCCUUAGGGUUGAAGAAGAAUGAGCAAAGUUUUUCUUUAUGCACCGUUGGUGAAUUCCUUUUUGGAUAACUUGGUUUUAUCAACUUGGUUGAUAAUUUAAACUGGCCAUUCUGUGGUCUCCCCGUACAUCUUGGCAUUUCAUGAAGCUACUUAACUUUAGAAUUACUUUUAUCUUUCAAAUCGGCAAUCUUAUUCACUGCUGUCACAACGAACGUUUCCAUGGUACUAAUUUAUUAUUGUUUUCCACGUUACUAUGUUCCCACUAAUCGCGUAGUUCCAAUACACGCAACCCACAUUCCCUCUAUUCGCUUCGACGAGGGGCUGUGCUCAAAACCUCAGCUUUAGAAACUCUUUACGGUGGCCGAUUUACAUUAUCAAUUCAGUUGAUAAAAUCAAUCAAUCUUGCAAUACCUUCCUUUCUCCCCUCUCUCCACCGACGCAGCACCACAGUUUCUUAAGAAACUUGCUCCUUUUAUCAAUGAAUCUCUUUUAGAUUGGUAUCGUGGGUCGCACGGGAGCUGGCAAGUCAACUCUUACCUUAGCAUUGUUUCGUAUUCUCGAGAGAGCUGGUGGACGGAUUCUUAUUGAUGGAGUUGAUAUCUCCAAGAUUGGACUGCAGGAUCUGCGGUCACGACUCACCAUCAUUCCCCAGGUAAUGAAGCCCAUCUGAAGAAUUGAAAAUUGAAGAGAGCUUGAAAUGAUCAAUAUUUAUGGUGCUCUUGUCCUAACCUACAACAUAACGAAUCCGAAGUUUAAUUUAAAGUCAUUCCGUUCGUAUUUUUGGGACAGCAUGAGAGCUGAGUUUACAGUCGAUGUUUGGUCACUUUCACAUAUUACCUGCCAAAAAAAAAAAAUUUUUAAAUAUGAGAUCUAUUUAACUCUCAUUUAACUCAACCUCUUUAAUUCUAUUUAGCUGCAAAAACCACAUGCUCUUUGAUUCUCUCCUACUGGCCAAAAGCAGCCCUCGAGAGUAUUAAGCUAAGGGGAACAAGAAAGAUAGAUUUCAGUUUAAAAUUUAUAUUUGUGUAUCUGUAUUACUAAGAAUUAUCACCAGUGGCACUGACUUCUUUCGUUUUGUGCCAAGGAUCCCGUGUUGUUUUCCGGGACUCUUCGUCUAAACCUGGAUCCAUUUGACCGCCACAAGGAUGAAGAACUCUGGAAAAUCCUCGAACUGAGCCAUUUGAAGAACUUCGUCUCAGGCUUGGAAGAAGGGCUUCUCUAUCCUGUCAGUGAAGAAGGAAGUAACCUAAGGUAUUGGAAGUAUUAAGUUACACCAGCAUGACCUUGAUCAGGUUUCCUGAGGGAAUACAGAUGGAGUAAAACAUGUCAGCUCUUUCCAACUUUUCGAACAGAUAGACGCACGUCGGGUAAAAUUUGAUUCUGUGGUUGCCCUGACUAGUCUGCGAGCUGAUCCUCAUUUUUGGCGCAGGAUGCGCGUUUUUCCACCCGCUGGGAGAUUUGAGACGAGACGGGGAGAGGUUUGCUGGGGUCUGGUACAAAUGAUUAUUAGUGCCAGACCCCUAACAGACCUUAUGCCGGCUCACUUCACUCAAGGACUCAGAGUUUUUCGCGGGUUGAGAGACGCUUAUGUCGCAGCACUAAUAAUGAAGGGGUUGCUCGCACGCUAUGUUUUGACAAAAGUCGUCGACAAUUUUUUAUUGUUAAUAUAUACGGCGAACAAUUUUGCAUGACAAGCAUACUUGCUAAGGGACACUUAGUGGUGUAAAUGUGGGUUUAACGAAGGAGAUGUAGGUCAGCACGUGGAGGCGCGGUGGCCUCAUGAUUAGUGCGCUCGACUCCGGAUCGGGUGGUCCGGGUUCGAGCCCUGGCCGGGGUCAUUGUGUUGUGUUCUUAGGCAAGACAUUUGACACAGUGCUUCUCUUCACCCAGGUGUACAAAUGGGUACCAGCAAAUGUGCUGGGGGUAACCUUGAGAUGGACUAGCACCCCAUCCAGGGGGGAGUAGCAAUACUCCUAGCCGCUUCAUGCUCAGAAAACCGGAGUUAAGCACCGACCCCAUGGGCCACUUAGGCCCGUAUAAAGGCUUACAUGUUUCGUUCACGUUUGUGUCGGGGCUCUCAGCUUUGGUCCUUUGAUGUCACUUAAUUAUAAUUUACAGCUUUACCUUUUGAUGCUUUUGAUAGUGUUGGUCAGCGGCAGUUGGUGUGUUUAGCGCGUGCGCUUCUUCGUAAAAGUAAGGUUCUGGUCUUGGACGAAGCCACGGCUGCGGUGGACUUGGAAACUGAUGAACUCAUUCAGCAAACAAUUAGGCGUGAGUUCGCUGACCGCACAGUGUUCACCAUUGCUCAUAGGCUCAACACCAUUAUGGACUAUACCAGGUUUGUAAUACUCAUAAGUUAACAGGCAGAUUAGAUUAAUUUUGAAAAGAGAAUUCCAUUCCAUUGUUUCCUUAGUUGUCGUUUGCCAUGUUUUUCAUUUUUGUUCCUAUUGUUGUUUUGGGUAAUGAACACUUAAAGAAUACGUAAUCGCAUAGGGCCUCGUAAAAUUAAGGGUUAUUAUCACUUGUGUUUUCAGAAGUUGUAAAAAUUCCGGCACGAGGGCAAUUUCUGUAACUUCUGAAAAUGCAACUGAUAUUGAUCCUAAAGUUUAUGAGGAAACAUGGGAUUACUUGUUAAUAAUAUAAAGAGCAAAAUUCGCAUGCUCUUGCACAAUUUCGUAGGAAGCUUUUUCAAUGUUCAGUUAGCGUCAGUUGAGUUUAAGACGUACGAAUCAGCUGAAUGAAAUUAUACUUUUGUACAACAAAGCCAAAGCAUUGAUACAAGCCCUGUUAAAAAGGAUCAGCCAUCGAUAAAAUCAUAAUACCUCUUUUUCAAUGUUUUCAAUUUCAAGUAUCCUCAACCAUUCAAAUGACUCUGAUGAUGACUUCCGCUCAGGUUGUCGAAACGCCAGUCACUAUUACCGACAACAGUCCUUCUCAGGACUUCACUCGCCCGAAGAUCAGACUACACUUUCACUGGGACAUUAAUGUUAGCUUGGGGGCCUAUAGUGAUGCGCCAAACACAAGAAGAUCCUUUUAUGUGUCCUGCCUCUUAGUAAAGGUUUCGCGUUUUCUACAGUACAUAAAGGUGAUGACCCCUAAUUAGUGCUCGUCUCUUUCUUUCUAGGAUCAUGGUUCUGGACAAAGGUUUCGUGGUGGAGUUCGACAGUCCUGAGAACCUCUUGAACCAGAGGGGGGUAUUUUAUUCCAUGGCACAAGACGCUGGAUUAGCUUAAUUUUCUUAUUUUAAGCCUUCUUAUGAGUAGUUAGUUGCAGUAAAUGUGAUAGGCGACAGGAUCGGUUUCAAAGCAAGCCUCAAGUAACAAGGGGAACCAUAGAGAAGCCCAACCUUUCGAAGUUCGCCCAAGAGAUUUUUCUUAAGCAUUUUGCUCCUCGCCUUAAAGCCUCGCUUUUGGUUUUUUAGUUCGCUUUUAAACAUGUAACAUUGCAAUCUAGAUUUGGGCAAACGCUGCCACAAGGGAACGUAAAGGCUACAAAAUGUACUGCGAGGUAUGAUCAGUUAGCCUUUAAGUUAAGCUUGUUAUAGCUAGCCUCGAUGCAUUUUUUACCGUAAUAGUUUUUCUGCACGUUGCAAGCUAAGAGAUCCUGCAAGCUUCAGAUCUUCUGCCAAUCGUUUUUAAGGAAGCUUAAGCCAUUUUGUACUUGAUUCAAAAAAAGAGCGUCCGCUUAUGCAUAAUUUUAUGUUUAAAGUUUCUUUUGCUGUUCUGAUAGAGAACACCCGUUCACCAGUCAUCAGUAAAAGGUCUCGAGGUUAUCUCCACUCCUGAAAUAUUGUACAAAGACCAUCCAUUUUUAUUCCAAAUUCCUACUCUUAUUUUUGAAAAGAAAAGAUAACGUUCUUCUUUCUCAUAGUUCAUAACCAACUCUCUCUUUACAAUGUUUUCUCUAUAUGUUCCAAAAGCUUUCACAUUUUGAUGCAUACGGUUAAAAUCUCUCAACGGGUUGAUAAUUCUUUGAGGGGGUCAAUGAAAGCUAGAUCAUAUAGAUAGUUUUUUAACCUGCAGUUGACUCGUGAUUUGUUUAUUGGUUAGCUUUGUUCUGGAAUAUAUUAUGGCCUCUAUUUCCAAAGUAUUUAUUCAGAUUCAAUUUGCACUGUCGUGGAUGUAGCUAGAAAAUUAAUAAAAUAACAAGCACUGGU